GGUGGGGAUGAAUAUUCUUAUUUGGAGCUUCGGUUAGUCAGUUGUCCUGCGUGAGAAGAUUUAGAAAGCCGUCGUGCUGAGCAAUGAUUACAACCCGCUUGCGUCUGGCCAGUGUGCCUAAAAUCAUAACUCGACAUCUAUCUACCAACUGCGGUUAUCCGAAACGAUAUGGAAGCGAGCAGCAUCGGCUUAUCAGAAAUGUCGUCAGUGGCAAAUCGUUGAUAAGUGCAACGAACGCUACAAUUUUGCCGUCGUCACACGCAGGCCAAAGGAUGUAUUCUAGCAUCGAUUACUUAAGGGGUGACCCCAAUCUGGAGUGUACGGCGGGAACGAUGAACGACGUGAAGCAAACCAUCAUCAAAAAGCUGGCCAUCGAAGUUGGGUAUACUCCGUUUGUUAGCACCCGUGAACAUCUGGUACAGUAUGUCCCACAGUCCGUGGAUGUACUUCCACCUCGCAGCAUGCAGGAUUCCUUCACGUCGGCAAUAAUUCCUCUUACGACCGACAAGAUCCUGAAGGACAAAUACGUCGGGUUCAUGGGCAAUGUGCGCCUUGGUCGGUUGAUGGAAGAUAUGGACAUGUUUGCGGUGUGGGUCGUUCAUAAGCAUGUCCUGCUACCGGACCUUCCGGAAGGCGUAGCGCUACCGUAUACUUUCGUGACGAUACUGGUCGAUAAGAUCGACUUUAGUGACCUGAUGCCAACGCACGAUGCUGAUAUUCGACUUUCCGGACACGUUAGUUGGGUUGGGCGCACCUCGGUCGAGAUAGUUGUGUGGAUGGAGCAAAAACUGCAUGGGAAAUGGCGUAAGCUGACGCGGGCACUGUUCCUGAUGGCAGCACGCGAUGCAACCAACACCAAGGCGGCCUUCAUCAAUCCGCUCGUUCCGGCCAACGCCGAAGAGAAGGCCAUAUUCGAUGGAGGAGAAUCACGCAAAAAACGACGGGGCCAGUUGCAAAAGGAGGACCUACUGAAAGCCGAACCGAACGACUUUGAGCAGCGGAUGGUUCAUGAUUUGUUUGUCAAAUCCAUCGACACCAAAAGCCGCGCAUUCAACAAGCGCAUCCUGCCACCGGGUUAUGUAUGGAUGGAGGAAGCUACAAUGGCCAACAUCGUGUUCUCGCACCCGGAAGAUCGCAACGCACACAACAAGGUGUUUGGUGGCUUUCUGAUGCGUAAUGCUCUCGAACUGAGCUGGGCGUUGGCGUACAACUUUGCCAAGCGUCGCCCGAAGCUGGAGCGCAUCUCGGACAUUAGCUUCCACCAUCCGGUGGACGUGUCGUCGAUGUUGAACAUGCAGGCGCACGUAAUCUACACCGAUUUGCAUUACAUGGAGAUAGUGGUGCUGGCAGAUGUAUACGAUGCCGUCACCGGGCAGCAGACGACAACGAACAGUUUCUUCUACACGUACUCGGUGGCCGAACGGUUACCGAAAAUAAUGCCCAAAACGUACCACGAGGCGAUGUACUAUUUGGAUGGACGACGGAAGUUCCGGUACGCCAUGGGCAUCGAUACACCGACAGCCGGAACGAGCGCAACCAACCCGGCGACAGAUGAAACGAAAAGCAAACUUUAAGCCGAACAAAUGUUUUUACGACAAUCCUUUCUGUGAAAUGUUUAUGUUUAUUUCAACCAUCGACACCCAGUGUUAGGUUCACGGUAAUUUAUUCAUCAUGCUCUAUACUUUUAAUAUUUGUAGCGCUUCAAAAGCUGAAAUUUGUGUUGUUACAUUAGGUGAACUUUGUUUUUGCCACCGACAGUGUUUACAGGUAUUUUUGUUUGUAUGCUUCAAAAGAAAAUAUAAUUGAUAAUUAACGGACUUAUUUUAUCUACUAACCGACCAGGCGAACUUCGUUUGGCCCAAACUUGUUUUUUUCAAAUAAAAGCAAAAGUACACUCGACGCCUUAUUGUCAUCUCAAAAGCUUGUAACACGAGAAGCUGCUAAAUAUAUCGCGUUGACUUAGCCUCUGAUGGUUUUUGUAAUUUCGUGCUAUGUUUGAAGAAAUCGGCCUGCACGACUGCGUACCCGUCGGAACUCUAAUCAGACCUGACACUGAUCCGCAGUCUCAGACGAUUGAGCUUUCGCCUUGCGUAUCCGGUCGGCUUCCCGUCUCGCCUCGUGUUGCUCCUUCGUUUGAACUAUCCGAGCUAACUUCACCUUCAUUUAUUUUGCUAAUUUUCCAAACAGCGUUGUUGAAGUGUAUAAAGAGCCAGUAAACAAUCUCAAUAGAGAGGUGGGCCACGAAGAC